AUACUUCACUCCCUCAAUUUACAAAUCCCUAUAUAGAGAGAUGUCAAAUCAAACGAAGCCGGCUGAAGAUGCCAAAGCGGCUUUACAGGGGAAGGGAAAACUGGUAAUUUCAGCUGUCUCACAACCAUCAAGCGUCCUGCAAUCGUCAUUUCCUUCCUAUUAUUCAACCAAACCAAUGGCAAUAAUUCCCCCGCAAGAACCUGAAAGCCACACAGUAACGUGUCUAAAAACAUCAAAGGGAUGUGGACUUUGCCUUGCAGUGGCACCCGUUCUUUGUGCCGCCUGUGUUACCGCCUGUGUCGAUUGUUGCUGUGAUCAAUGCCGUGAUUCAAUUUGUUAUGAAAUCGGAAAUAAUAGCAGUAGAAACCCCGUGACUGGCUGAUAUUGCGGAAUACCCAGACUCGAAAGCUUGUUGAAAGGAGUUUAUUAGGAUUGUCUAAGGCUGGCGACUGAAUUAGGAAUAUGCGAAUCUGGACUGCAGAGGUAUGGAAUUUACAGUUUCAAGAAUAUUGUCUUCUUUAUAGGUUAAAAUGAAUUUGCGUGGACUUCUAACUCGCUCCUAUCCUGCUUUCGUACACGCUAGGCCGCAUCACUAUUCUAAAACUAGUAAUAAUAUAUUAUCACCAUCGUACGUUUCCUGGGAAUAGGGUGAUCUUGAUUCUAGAUCGACAGGUGACCCUGUUCAUCAAUAUAGACACCUGUGAUACUCGUGUAUAUUAUAAAAGAUUCCAGCCUCGCCUCACUGCAUCUUGGAACAGACCAAAUCAAAAUUGUUUACAUCAUCUUUUUGCUACCUUCAACGAUGUCUUGGCUUGUCAGUAUCUUGGAGUGGUGCUUUGGAGGUGAUGAUGAUCUAACUCCAUUGACUAAUAAUGAGAUAGAACCUGUUAACGCACGAGAUCCUGAAAAGGGAGUUCGUAUUAUUGAUGUCGACUCUAACACUAUUUUCACCGUCUCAAUCAGUGGCGAAUGCAAACGGAUCACUUUCGGCGAACUCCAACAGAAAAAUAUUUACCUUGAGGCGCUGAUACGUUACUUUCAGGAGCGACCACCUGAAGCGAAGCGACCGUCUGAAGAUUCCAAGAUAACAGAAGUUAACUAUAAAGAGGGAACUCUCUCGUCAGCAUCUUUUAUCUCCAAGGAUAAUAUGGCAAACCCACCUUCAUGGAACUGGAGAGCUGUGAUGGAAAACCCAUCAGGGUUCAAUGCUCUUCAUUGGUAUUAUUAUGGUGGUGAUCUCGGAGAUUCUCCACAUGCAUUUUUAUGUACUUCAGAAUCUCUCUGAAUAUAAACGCACCCUUCAAAGCCGCGUUGAUAGAUUAGUGGGUGGCUGAGUGGGAGUUGGAGCAGUAUCGUUAGUGCUAAAAAAAGAAUGGUUGGUGUUUAAUCCUGUAUCUUAGUUUACUGGCUAGCUAUCUCUGUAAUGAAGCAAGUAUUCAUAUUCACUAGUC